CUAUGCCAGCAGUUCGUAGGAAGCGUUGCGCUCGUUGUGAUUUGUGUUGAGAUUGGGAACUAAAGAAGGAAAUAUUUUUACAUAAGACAACUGAAAGCAAAUAAAAAUUUGUGCAAAAAUAUUGAGACAGUUAAAAUAUUUCAAACAAGUUAAAGUAAAUAAAUAAAAAAAGUGUGUAAAAUUUGUAAUGGAUUUAGGCACUGAUAUUUGGGGUCAACUCGCUGUCGAGGCGUCGCAAGUGUACCUUUCCGAUGGCACCGUACGCACGCCCUUCGCAGACACGACAAUCGAAAAAUUGCCCGAUAAAGUGCUGCUCCAUAUCUUCUCUUACCUGUCGCAUCGUGAAAUUUGUCGUCUGGCGCGCAUCUGCCGACGCUGGCGUCAGAUAGCCUACGAUACGCGUCUCUGGAAAAAUGUUUCACUACGUCCGGAGGUGUCCGGCUUACAUGUGGGUUCGAUGGAAUCUUUGUUGGCCCUCAUCUCAGUACGUUUCGGUCCAACAUUGCGUUAUAUCGAGCUGCCUAUUGAGUUGAUUACGCACACAGUGUUGCAUGAGCUCUCAGCCAAGUGCCCCAAUCUCACACAUAUGCUGCUGGACUUCUCCACAGCUAUGCAACUGCACGAUUUCAGCGAGAUGCAAGCUUUUCCCACCAAACUGCGCUACAUGUGCAUCUGCCUUUCGGAGGUGAUCUUUAUGGAGGGUUUCAUGCGCAAGAUUUACAACUUCAUCAACGGUUUGGAGGUGUUGCAUCUCAUCGGUACAUACGAGAAGUGUGAAGAGGAGGAAGAGGAGAUUUACGAAGUUAUCAAUGUGCAUAAACUCAAAUCAGCCACGCCCAAUUUGCGUGUAAUCAAUUUGUAUGGCAUCAAUUUUAUUGACGACUCGCAUAUCGAUGCUUUUAGCUCCAAUUGCAUUCAGUUGGAAUGUUUGGCUGUGAACUUUUGCAAUAAGGUUUGUGGCACCACACUAAAGACAUUGAUACAGCGUUCGAAGCGCUUGAACUGCUUGCUGAUGAACGGCACUAGCCUGAAGUCGGAGUAUGUAAUGCAGGUUGAAUGGGAUAAGUGUGCCUUGCAGGAGCUUGAUAUUACCGCUACCGAUUUGUCCACCGAAUGUUUGGUUGAUCUUUUAACAAGAAUACCCAACUUAAAGUUUUUGUCUGCAGGACAAAUUAACGGAUUUAACGAUACUGUAUUGAAGCAGUGGAUGGAAUCGGGAUUGACGAGAUCGCUCAUCUCAUUGGAUUUGGACUCUUCGGAUAGUAUUUCGGAUGAGGCAUUGCAGAAAUUCCUUACACGUCACGGCCAACAGUUGGCUGCUUGCUGUCUCUCUGGCAUGCCACACAUUACCGAUCAACUCUGGAUGAGUAUCCUACCAGUGCUGAGCAAUGCCAAAAUCAUUGUUAUGGGCACUGGAGAAAAACUCGGCGUUAAUAUACAUGUGGAUCAGCUGAUGGAUACGAUUGCAUCGAGUUGUGGAAAUUUGGAACGAUUGGAGUUGAGAUGGGAUCCGGAUAAUUUGCGUUUCUCGGACAAGAGCCAGAAAGCCAUCGAUUUAUUGCGUGUCAAGUGUCUCAAGCUGCGUUGCAUGGUGUUGUGUGACGGUCGCUACUACGAGACGGUGAAGGCGAAUUUCGAGCGCGCCGAUCGUGUGACUGUCGUACGAACUACGACUUGUUGUCGCGUCUCACCUUAUCAUUUGCUCCGCAACUACAAUGAACUGAUUUUCAACUGAGGAAGUGAUAGAACUAUUCGAUGCUGUUGUUGUUGUUUUAAUAGCUAUUUUUCGUGCACUUUGAUAUUAUUGUUAUUAUUCAAAGAAAAAAUUUAAUUAAAA